ACUUUUUGAAUAGCAUGUGCUGCAGCGAAAGAGCAGCCCACAGUAAGUUGCUGACUGAGUACCUGGAUAAGACAAGGGGGGCUUACAGGACUUUCCUACCUGUCACUGGCUCACAGAUGUCAAGGACCCCUCUUAGCCUUGUGUUGAGCCAGGCUACUGGCAGUACACAACACCUAUGAGAACUCUGCCUACUAACUGGAGUUGGAUAUCUCUGGACUGACUUACAGAACUCAACUGCAGAGCGCAUUUUUCAAGACAAGGUCGAAAAUACCAGAGGAGCAUGAGUAAGCAAGGUGACAGAAAAUGGAGCCGUAUAUUUAGCUUUCUAGUGGUAUCUCUUGUAUAUUCAGCUCAGGCUGAUUAUGCUAACUGUGGGGAAAAUGAAUAUUACAAUCAGACAACUGGCGAGUGUCACAGCUGCCCAGAGUGUGAGCCUGGUGAGGAGCCAUCGAUGACCUGUGGAUAUGGCACCAAAGAUGAAGACUAUGGCUGUGUUGCUUGCCCGACUGGCAAAUAUUCCAAGGGAGGCUACCAAAUAUGCAGAAGGCAUAAGGAUUGUGAAGGAUUUUACCGUGCCACCGUCCUAACUCCUGGGGACAGUAAGAAUGAUGCAGAGUGCGGUGCCUGUCUUCCUGGAUUCUACAUGUUGGAGAACCGUCCUAACAACAUAUACGGGAUGGUGUGCCACUCCUGCUCACUAGCACCGCCAAACGUCAAGGAAUGUGUGGGCUCUGCAUCCCUUCUGUCUGGAGGAUCAACAAGUACCCAAGGGUCCAGUACUAGCUCCCCUUUCCAGCGAAUACAUAAAGUAGAUGUACCUGGACAAGGACACUUGGCCACCGCUCUGAUAAUUGCUAUGUCUACAAUAUUCAUCAUGGCCAUUGCUAUUGUCUUGAUCAUCAUGUUCUACAUUAUCAAGACCAAACCUUCCGUUCAAGCUUGCUGCACUAGUCAUGUAAAGAAUGUAGAGGCCCAAGUCCACCAACAGGAAGAAAAGAAAGAAGUACCAACUGAAAGUGUUGUCAUCUUCUCUGAAAAAGAAUUUGAGAAGCUGUCUGAAACGCCGACUAAAACAGGGAAAAAUGAAAAUGAUGCGUCUUCAGAAAAUGAGCGUCUACUAAGCCGUAGCAUGGACAGUGAUGAGGAGGCAGCGAUUGACAAGCAAGGAAGUGCUGAACUCUGCCUCUUAUCGCUAGUAAAUUUGGCCAGGGACAAGUCAACCACAAACAAUAAACUAACAGGGAUUCACAGUCGAAGAAAAAAGAUACUUGAUCUGUAUGCUAAUGUAUGCAAUGUUGCUGAAGGUCUUAGUCCAACUGAACUGCCCUUUGAUUGCCUGGAAAAGACAAGCAGAAUGCUAAGUUCUACCUAUAAUACAGAAAAGGCCAUUGUAAAAACAUGGCGCCACCUGGCAGAGAGUUUUGGACUGAAGAGAGACGAAAUUGGAGGCAUGACUGAUGGACUCCAGCUCUUUGAUCGGAUUAGUACUGCUGGGUACAGCAUUCCAGACCUGCUCACCAGACUGGUACAGAUUGAGAGACUCGAUGCGGUGGAAUCCUUAUGUGCAGACAUUGUGGAAUGGGCACAGUCCACCCCAACACCAGUUCUCAAUUCCACAACCAAAUGUGAAAGCUUGUGAACUAACAGGGUUAUAAAAGACAUUUCAUGUGAUGUUGGGUUUUUACUAAAGGAUAUGCUGUUAUGAAAACUGAGCUGCAUGGGCAGUCAAGCUAUGAAAACUAAGCCUCAAGAUGUAGCAUCAAGAAGGAGCAUGUCUGACAUGUCUGAUAUUAGAGACGGAAAAGGAAAAUGGAA